CACGAUGGAGAAUCAGCCGCCCCUCACAUCACUGGAUGGAUGUGAUGUUGGGAAUUCCUCGGAAGGGCCCCAGAUUUCAUCUGCAGGACAUGAAGAAGAAGAUGAAGGUGUCACAGAACUUUCUUCAGAAGAAAGGCCUCAUUUGUGCUCGGAAUGUGGUCAAAGCUUUGCGCACAAAGAGCAUCUGCGAAGACACAUGAGAGCUCACACGGGUGAGACUUUUCCAUGUGAAGAGUGCGGGAAAUGUUUUCUGCAGAAAGAAAGGCUCAUGACACACCUGAAAACCCACACGUGGGAAAGGCUGCAUACAUGUAAAGAGUGCGGGAAAAGUUUCAUACAGAAAGGGGCACUCACCAAACACAUGAGAACCCACACAGGGGAGAAGCCGUAUUCCUGUUCAGACUGCGGCAAAUGCUUCAUCCAGAGGGGCAAUCUUACCGUACACCAGAGAAUUCACACCGGUGAGAGGCCGUUCUCAUGUUCCGAUUGCCAGAAAUCCUUCAUCAUAAAGUCAGAUCUUGUCAUACACCAAAGAGGUCACACUGGCGAGAAGCCGUUCUCAUGCCCAGAGUGCGAGAAAUGUUUCUCGCUAAAAAAGCGAUUAAAUAGCCACAUGAGAACUCACACUGGUGAGAAGCCAUUCUCCUGUCCGGAGUGCGGGAAAUCUUUCAGUCAGAAAAAUGAACUUUCAAUACACCUGAGCAGUCACACAGGUCAAUACCCUUUUCCAUGUUCAGAGUGCGGGAAAGGUUUCACUGAGAAAGGAAAGCUUCGCAUACACCAGAGAAUUCACACGGGCGAGCGGCCUUUUUCAUGUUCAGAGUGCGGGAAAAGUUUCACGCAGAAGGGGAAACUUCAUAGACACCUGAGAAUUCACACGGGUGAGCGACCUUACAGCUGUUCAGAGUGCGGGAAAAGUUUCCUACAGAAUACGCAUCUUCUUGAACACCUAAGAACCCACACCGGGGAACGGCCGUUUCCUUGUUCACAGUGCGGGAAGGGUUUCAUACGAAAAAAUGAACUUCUUAAAGAGCAUAAAAGAUCUCACACAGGUGAGAAGCCGUAUUCCUGUGCUGAGUGCGGGAAAUUUUUUUCAGUGAAGUCCAAUCUUUCCACACAUCAGAGAUCACACACGGGGGAGAAGCCUUUUUCUUGUUCUGAGUGCGGGAAAUGUUUUUCAGAGAAGUCCUAUCUUUUUAUACAUCGGAGAUCUCACACAGGUGAGAAGCCGUAUUCCUGUGCUGAGUGCGGGAAAUGUUUUUCAGUGAAGUCCAAUCUUUCCAAACAUCAGAGAUCUCACACGGGCGAGAAGCCUUUUUCCUGUGCUGAGUGCGGGAAAUGUUUUUCAGAUUUGUCCAGUUUUAACAGACAUCAGAGAUCUCACACGGGGGAGAAGCCUUUUUCCUGUUCUGAGUGCGGAAAAUGUUUUUCACAGAAGUCCAAUCUUUCCACACAUCAGAGAUCUCACACGGAGUUGCCCUUUUCCUGUUCUGAGUGCGGGAAAUGUUUUUCAGUGAAGUCCAGUCUUUCCACACAUCAGAGAUCACACACGGGGGAGAAGCCUUUUUCCUGUUCUGUGUGCGGGAAAUGUUUUUCGCAGACAUCCAGUCGUAACGCACAUCAGAGAUCUCACACGGGGGAGAAGCCUUUUUCCUGUUCUGAGUGCGGAAAAUGUUUUUCACAGAAGUCCAAGUUUUACAGACAUCAGAGAUCUCACACAGGUGAGAAGCCGUAUUCCUGUGCUGAGUGCGGGAAAUGUUUUUCAGUGAAGUCCAAUCUUUCCACACAUCAGAGAUCUCACACGGGGGAGAAGCCUUUUUCCUGUUCUGAGUGCGGAAAAUGUUUUUCACAGAAGUCCAAGCUUUACAGACAUCAGAGAUCUCACACGGGGGAGAAGCCUUUUUCCUGUUCUGAGUGCGGAAAAUGUUUUUCACAGAAGUCCUAUCUUUCCAUACAUCAGAGAUCUCACACGGGGGAGAAGCCUUUUUCCUGUUCUGAGUGCGGGAAAUGUUUUUCAGAUAAGUCCAGUCUUAACAGACAUCAGAGAUCUCACACGGGGGAGAAGCCGUUUCCAUGUCCUGAGUGCGGGAAAUGUUUUUCAGAGAGAUCCAAGCUUUCCACACAUCAGAGAUCUCACACGGGGAAGAAGCCUUUUUCCUGUUCUGAGUGUGGGAAAUGUUUUUCAGAGAGAUCCAAGCUUUCCACACAUAAGAGAUUACACACGGGGGAGAAGCCUUUUUCCUGUUCUGAGUGCGGGAAAUGUUUUUCAGACAAGUCCCAUCUUUCCAAACAUCAGAGAUCUCACACGGGGGAGAAGCCUUUUUCCUGUUCUGAGUGCGGAAAAUGUUUUUCAGACAAGUUCCAUCUUUCCACACAUAAGAGAUCUCACACGGGGGAGAAGCCUUUUUCCUGUUCUGAGUGCGGAAAAUGUUUUUCAGACAAGUUCCAUCUUUCCAUACAUCAGAGAUCUCACACGGGGGAGAAGCCUUUUUCCUGUUCUGAGUGUGGGAAAUGUUUUUCACAGAAGUCCGAUCUUUCCACACAUCAGAGAUCUCACACGGGGGAGAAGCCUUUUUCCUGUCCUGAGUGCGAGAAAUGUUUUUCAAAGAAGUCCAAUCUUUCCGCACAUCAGAGAUCUCACACGGGGGAGAAGCCGUAUUCCUGUCCUGAGUGCGAGAAAUGUUUUUCAGUGAAGUCCCAUCUUUCCGAACAUCAGAGAUCUCACACGGGGAAGAAGCCUUUUUCCUGUUCUGAGUGUGGGAAAUGUUUUUCAGUGAAGUCCAGUCUUUCCAGACAUCAGAGAUUACACACGGGGGAGAAGCCUUUUUCCUGUUCUGAGUGCGAGAAAUGUUUUUCAGUGAAGUCCCAUCUUUCCACACAUCAGAGAUCUCACACGGGGAAGAAGCCUUUUUCCUGUUCUGAGUGUGGGAAAUGUUUUUCAGUGAAGUCCAGUCUUUCCAGACAUCAGAGAUCUCACACGGGGGAGAAGCCUUUUUCCUGUCCUGAGUGCGGGAAAUGUUUUGCACAGAAGUCCAAUCUUUCCGCACAUCAGAGAUCUCACACGGGGGAGAAGCCGUAUUCCUGUCCUGAGUGCGGGAAAUGUUUUUCAGUGAAGUCCUAUCUUUCCACACAUCAGAGAUUACACACGGGGGAGAAGCCGUUUCCAUGUCCUGAGUGCGGGAAAUGUUUUUCAAUGAAGUCCCAUCUUUCCACACAUCAGAGAUCUCACAUGGGGGAGAAGCCUUUUUCAUGUCCUGAGUGCGGGAAAUGUUUUUCAGGGAAGUCCCAUCUUUCCACACAUCAGAGAUCUCACACGGGGGAGAAGCCGUAUUGCUGUCCUGAGUGCGGGAAAUGUUUUUCACAGAAGUCCCAUCUUUCCACACAUCAGAGAUCUCACACGGGGGAGAAGCCUUUUUCCUGUUCUGAGUGCGGCAAAUGUUUUGCAGAGAAGUCCAGUCUUUCCACACAUCAGAGAUCUCACACGGGGGAGAAGCCAUUUUUCUGUUCUGAGUGUGGGAAAUGUUUUUUACGGAAGUCCCAGCUUUCCAAACAUCAGAGAUCUCACACGGGGGAGAAGCCUUUUUCCUGUUCUGAUUGCGGAAAAUGUUUUUUAUUGAAGGCCAAUCUUUCCACACAUCAGAGAUCUCACACGGGGGAGAAGCCUUUUUCUUGUCCUGAGUGCGGGAAAUGUUUUUCAGAUAAGUCCAGUCUUAACAGACAUCAGAGAUCUCACACGGGGGAGAAGCCGUAUUCCUGUCCUGAGUGCGGGAAAUGUUUUUCAGUGAAGUCCCAUCUUUCCACACAUCAGAGAUCUCACACGGGGGAGAAGCCUUUUUCCUGUUCUGAGUGCGGCAAAUGUUUUGCAGAGAAGUCCAGUCUUUCCACACAUCAGAGAUCUCACACUGGGGAGAAGCCGUAUUCCUGUCCUGAGUGCGGGAAAUGUUUUUCAGUGAAGUCCCAUCUUUCCACACAUCAGAGAUCUCACACGGGGGAGAAGCCUUUUUCCUGUUCUGAGUGCGGGAAAUGUUUUUCACAGAAGUCCAGUCUUUCCACACAUCAGAGAUCUCACACUGGGAAAAAGCCUUUUUCCUGUUCUGAGUGCGGGAAAUGUUUUUCAGAUAAGUCCAAUCUUUCCACACAUCGGAGAUCUCACACGGGGGAGAAGCCGUAUUGCUGUCCUGAGUGCGGGAAAUGUUUUUCAGUGAAGUCCCAUCUUUCCAGACAUCAGAGAUCUCACAUGGGGGAGAAGCCUUUUUCCUGUUCUGAGUGUGGGAAAUGUUUUUCACAGAAGGCCAAUCUUUCCACACAUAAGAGAUUACACACGGGGAAGAAGCCUUUUUCCUGUUCUGAGUGCGGAAAAUGUUUUUCAGAUAAAUCCUAUCUUUCCACACAUCAGAGAUCACACACGGGGGAGAAGCCUUUUUCCUGUUCUGAGUGUGGGAAAUGUUUUUCACAGAAGGCCAAUCUUUCCACACAUCAGAGAUUACACACGGGGAAGAAGCCUUUUUCCUGUUCUGAGUGCGGGAAAUGUUUUUCAGUGAAGUACAGUCUUUCCAAACAUCAGACAUCUCACACGGGGGAAAAGCCGUAUUCCUGUUCUGAGUGCGGGAAAUGUUAUUCACAGAAGAACCAUCUUUCUGUACAUAAGAGAUCUCACACGGGGGAGAAGCCUUUUUCCUGUUCUGAGUGCGGGAAAUGUUUUUCAAUGAAGUCCCAUCUUUCCACACAUAAGAGAUCUCACACGGGGGAGAAGCCUUUUUCCUGUUCUGAGUGCGGGAAAUGUUUUUCAGAUAAGUCCAAUUUUUUCACACAUAAGAGAUCUCACACAGGGGUGAAGCCUUUUUCCUGUUCUGAGUGCGGGAAAUGUUUUUCAAUGAAGUCCAGUCUUUCCACACAUAAGAGAUCUCACACGGGGGAGAAGCCUUUUUCCUGUUCUGAGUGCGGGAAAUGUUUUUCAGAGAAGACCAAUCUUUCCACACAUCAGAGAUCUCACACGGGGGAGAAGCCUUUUUCCUGUCCUGAGUGCGGGAAAUGUUAUUCACAGAUGAACCAUCUUUCUGCACAUAAGAGAUUUCACACAGGGGAGAUGCCUUUUUCCUGUUCUGAGUGCGGGAAAUGUUUUUCAAUGAUGUCCAGUCUUUCCACACACCAGAGAUCUCACACGGGGGAGAAGCCUUUUUCCUGUUCUGAGUGCGGGAAAUGUUUUUCAGAGAAGACCAAUCUUUCCACACACCAGAGAUCUCACACGGGGGAGAAGCCAUUUUCCUGUUCUGAGUGUGGGAAAUGUUUUUCAGAGAAGUCCAGUCUUUCCACACACCAGAGAUCUCACACGGGGGAGAAGCCUUUUUCCUGUUCUGAGUGCGGGAAAUGUUUUUCAAAUAAGUCCAAUCUUUCCGCACAUCAGAGAUCUCACACGGGGGAGAAGCCUUUUUCCUGUUCUGACUGCGGGAAAUGUUUUUCAGAGAAGACCAAUCUUUCCAAACAUCAGAGAUCUCACACGGGGGAGAAGCCUUUUUCCUGUUCUGACUGCGUGAAAUGUUUUUCAGAGAAGUCCAGUCUUUCCACACAUCAGAGAUCUCACACGGGGGAGAAGCCUUUUUCCUGUCCUGAGUGCGGGAAAUGUUUUUCACAGACGUCCAGUCUUUCCAAACAUCAGAGAUCUCACACGGGAGAGAAGCCUUUUUCCUGUUCUGAGUGUGGAAAAUGUUUUUCACUGAAGUCCAGUCUUUCCACACAUCAGAGAUCUCACACGGGGGAGAAGCCUUUUUCCUGUUCUGAGUGCCGGAAAUGUUUUUCAAAGACGUCCAGUCUUUCCGCACAUGAGAGAUCUCACACGGGGGAGAAGCCUUUUUCCUGUUCUGAGUGCGGAAAAUGUUUUUCACAGAAGUCCCAUCUUUCCACACAUCAGAGAUCUCACACGGGGGAGAAGCCUUUUUCCUGUCCUGAGUGCGGGAAAUGUUUUUCACAGAAGGCCAAUCUUUCCAUACAUCAGAGAUCUCACACGGGGGAGAAGCCUUUUUCCUGUUCUGAGUGCGGGAAAUGUUUUGAAUAUAAGUCCAGUCUUUCCAUACAUCAGAGAAUUCACACGGGGGAGAAGCCUUUUUCCUGUCCUGAGUGCGGGAAAUGUUUUUCACAGAGGGCCAAUCUUUCCACACAUCAGAGAUUACACACGGGGGAGAAGCCGUAUUCCUAUAAGAAGUUUUUCUGUGCUGAGUGCGGGAAGUGUUUCAGUUUCAAAAGCAAUCUUAAUAGGCAUAAAAGAUUUCACACAGGUGAGAAGCCUUUUUCCUGUUCUGAGUGCGGGAAAUGUUUUUCAAUGAAGUUAUAUCUUUCCACACAUCAGAGAUCACACACGGGGGAGAAGCCUUUUUUUUGUUCUGAGUGCGGGAAAUGUUUUUCACAGAAGUCCGAUCUUUCCAAACAUCAGAGAUCUCACACGGGGGAGAAGCCUUUUUCCUGUCCUGAGUGCGGGAAAUGUUUUUCACAGAAGUCCAAUCUUUCCACACAUCAGAGAUCUCACACACGGGAGAAGCCUUUUUCCUGUCCUGAGUGCGGGGAAUGUUUUUCAGUGAAGUCCAGUCUUUCCACACAUCAGAGAUCUCACAUGGGGGAGAUGUCUUUUUCCUGUUCUGAGUGUGGAAAAUGUUUUUCAGAUAAGUCCAAUCUUUCCGCACAUCAGAGAUCUCACACGGGGGAGAAGCCUUUUUCCUGUUCUGAGUGCGGGAAAUGUUUUUCACAGAAAUCCAGUCUUUCCGUACAUCAGAGAUCUCACACGGGAGAGAAGCCUUUUUCCUGUUCUGAGUGCGGGAAAUGUUUCUCACAGAAGUCCCAUCUUUCCGCACAUCAGAGAUCUCACACGGGGGAGAAGCCUUUUUCCUGUUCUGAGUGCGGGAAAUGUUUUUCAGAAAAGUCCAGUUUUUUCGCACAUCAGAGAUCUCACACGGUGGUGAAGCCUAUUUCAUGUUCUGAGUGCGGGAAAUGUUUUGAAUAUAAGUCCCAUCUUUCCAUACAUCAGAGAUCACACACGGGGGAGAAGCCGUAUUCCUGUUCUGAGUGCGGGAAAUGUUUUUCAGUGAAGUCCUAUUUUUCCAUACAUCAGAGAUCUCACACGGGGGAGAAGCCGUGUUCCUGUCCUGAGUGCGGAAAAUGUUUUUCACAGAAGUCCAAGCUUUCCAUACAUCAGAGAUCUCACUCGGGGGAGAAGCCGUAUUCCUGUCCUGAGUGCGGAAAAUGUUUUUCAGAUAAGUCCUAUCUUUCCAUACAUCAGAGAACUCACACGGGGGAGAAGCCGUAUUCCUGUCCUGAGUGCGGAAAAUGUUUUUCACAGAAGUCCAGUCUUUCCACACAUCAGAGAUCUCACACGUGUGAGAAGCCUUUUUCCUGUUCUGAGUGCGGGAAAUGUUUUUCAGAGAAGUCCGAUCUUUCCACACAUCAGAGAUCACACACGGGGGAGAAGCUGUAUUGCUGUUCUGAGUGCGGGAAAUGUUUUUCAAAAAAGUCCAAUUUUAACACGCAUCAAAGAUCUCACACGGGGGAGAAGCCUUUUUCCUGUCCUGAGUGCGGGAAAUGUUUUUCACAGAAGUCCAGUCUUUCCAAACAUCAGAGAUCUCACACGGGGGAGAAGCCUUUUUCCUGUUCUGAGUGCGGGAAAUGUUUUUCAGAGAAGUCCUAUCUUUCCACACAUCAGAGAUCUCACACGAGGGAGAAGCCUUUUUCCUGUCCUGAGUGCGGGAAAUGUUUUUCACAGAGGGCCAAUCUUUUAACACAUCAGAGAUCUCACACGGGGGAGAAGCCUUUUUCCUGUCCUGAGUGCGGGAAAUGUUUUUCACAGAGGGCCAAUCUUUCCACACAUCAGAGAUUACACACGGGGGAGAAGCCAUUUCCAUGUCCUGAGUGCGGAAAAUGUUUUUCAGUGAAGUCCAGUCUUUCCAAACAUCAGAGAUCUCACACGGGUGAGAAGCCUUUUUCCUGUUCUGAGUGUGGGAAAUGUUUUUCAGAGAAGUCCGAUCUUUCCAAACAUCAGAGAUCUCACACGGGUGAGAAGCCUUUUUCCUGUUCUAAGUGUGGGAAAUGUUUUUCAGAGAAGUCCAGUCUUAGGAGACAUCAGAAAUCUCACACAGGGGAGAAGCCGUAUUCCUGUUCUGAGUGUGGGAAAUGUUUUUUACAGAAGACCAGUCUUUCCACACAUCAGAGAUCUCACACGGGGGAGAAGCCUUUUUCCUGUUCUGAGUGUGGGAAAUGUUUUUCAGAGAAGUCCAGUCUUUCCAAACAUCAGAGAUCUCACACGGGUGAGAAGCCUUUUUCCUGUUCUGAGUGCGGGAAAUGUUUUUCAAGGAAGUCCAGUCUUUCCGCACAUCAGAGAUCUCACACGGGGGAGAAGCCUUUUUCCUGUUCUGAGUGUGGGAAAUGUUUUUUACAGAAGUCCGUUCUUUCCAAACAUCAGAGAUCUCACACAGGGGAGAAGCCUUUUUCCUGUUCUGAGUGCGGGAAGUGUUUUUCAGAGAAGUCCAAUCUUUCCACACAUCAGAGAUCUCACACGGGUGAGAAGCCUUUUUCCUGUUCUGAGUGCGGGAAAUGUUUUAGAGAUAAGUUCAUUCUUUACAGACAUCACAGAUCACACACGGGAGAGAAGCCAUUUUCCUGUCCUGAGUGCGGAAAAUGUUUUUCAGUGAAGUCCGAUCUUUCCACACAUCAGAGAUCUCACACGGGGAAGAUGUAUUUUUCCUGUUCUGAGUGUGGGAAAUGUUUUUCAUGUAAGUCCAAUCUUUCCAAACAUCAGAGAUCUCACACGGGGGAGAAGCCUUUUUCCUGUUCUGAGUGCGGGAAAUGUUUUUCACAGAAGUCCAGUCUUUCCGCACAUCAGAGAUCUCACACGGGGGAGAAGCCUUUUUCCUGUUCUGAGUGUGGGAAAUGUUUUUCACGGAAGUACAAUCUUUCCACACAUCAGAGAUCUCACACGGGUGAGAAGCCUUUUUCCUGUUCUGAGUGCGAGAAAUGUUUUUCAGAGAAGUCCAGUUUUUUCGCACAUCAGAGAUCUCACAUGGUGGUGAAGCCUUUUUCCUGUUCUGAGUGCGGGAAAUGUUUUGAAUAUAAGACCAAUCUUUCCAUACAUCAGAGAUCUCACUCGGGGGAGAAGCCUUUUUCCUGUUCUGAGUGCGGGAAAUGUUUUUCACAGAAAUGCGAUCUUAAUAGGCAUAAAAGAUUUCACACAGGUGAGAAGCCUUUUUCCUGUUCUGAGUGCGGUAAAUGUUUUUCAAUGAAGUUACAUCUUUCCAGACAUCAGAGAUCACACACGGGGGAGAAGCCUUUUUUUUGUUCUGAUUGUGGAAAAUGUUUUUCAAUGAAGUCCAGUCUUUCCAUACAUCAGAGAUCUCACACGGGGGAGAAGCCUUUUUCCUGUUCUGAUUGUGAAAAAUGUUUUUCAAUGAAGUCCAGUCUUUCCACACAUCAGAGAUCUCACACGGGGGAGAAGCCUUUUUCCUGUUCUGAGUGCGGAAAAUGUUUUUCAAAGAAGUCCAGUCUUUCCAUACAUCAGAGAUCUCACACGGGGGAGAAGCCUUUUUCCUGUUCUGAGUGCGGAAAAUGUUUUUCACAGAAGUCCAGUCUUUCCUCACAUCAGAGAUCUCACACGGGGGAGAAGCCUUUUUCAUGUCCUGAGUGCGGGAAAUGUUUUUCACAGAAGUCCAGUCUUUCCUCACAUCAGAGAUCACACACAGGGGAGAAGCCUUUUUCAUGUCCUGAGUGCGGGAAAUGUUUUUCAGAUAAGUCCAAUCUUUCCACACAUCAGAGAUCACACACGGGGGAGUGGCCUUUUUCCUGUUCUGAGUGCGGGAAAUGUUUUUCACAGAAGUCCAAUCUUUCCAAACAUCAGAGAUCUCACACGGGGGAGAAGCCUUUUUCCUGUCCUGAGUGCGGGAAAUGUUUUUCAGAUAAGUCCCAUCUUUCCACACAUCAGAGAUCUCACACGGGGGAGAAGUCUUUUUCCUGUUCUGCGUGCGGAAAAUGUUUUUCAUUGAAGGCCACUCUUUACAGACAUCAGAGAUCUCACACGGGGGAGAAGCCUUUUUCCUGUCCUGAGUGA